UCCAAUGUCUAUAUAAAGGCUCCCAGCCUUGAAAAGAACAUCCUGAUACCAGGCCUGAGGAUAUUGAAACAUUAAUUACAUAAUUUAGAGUAAUGCUUUCUUCUACAAUGUCUGAAGAAGUGACCUACGCGACACUCACAUUUCAAAACUCUGCAGAAACAGGAAAUAACAGGAAUCAAAAUAAUCGAAGAAAAAGAGGGUAUCCAGCUCCAUCCUCCAUAUGGCGUCAGGCUUCCCUAAGUCUGCUAACUCUUUGUCUGAUACUGCUGAUUGGGUUGGUGACUUUGGGGAUUCUGUAUUUGCAGGCAUCUAAUGAAAUUAACUCAGAUUCAGAGAAAUUGAGUCGACUUCAGAAAACUGUCCACCAAAAGCAGGACAACUCAUCCCAGCAGCUGGGCAACUAUGGGAACUUUUCCAUGGAGGAAGAUUUUCUCAAAUCACAGAUCUCUAAUCUACUGAAGAAGCAGGGGCAAAUGGCCAUCAAACUCUGCCAACAGCUUAUCAUUCACAAUUCAGAUCACGAAUGUAAUCCUUGUCCUAAGAUGUGGCAAUGGUACCAAAACAGCUGCUAUUAUUUUACAACUAAUGAAGAGAAAACCUGGAUUAACAGUAGAAAGGACUGCAUGGACAAGAACUCCACCCUGCUGAAGAUAGACAGCUUGGAAGAAAAGGAUUUUCUUAAAUCGCAGCCAUUACCCAAGCUUUCUUUCUUCUGGCUGGGAUUAUCAUGGGACCCAUUUGGCAGAAGUUGGCUAUGGGAGGAUGGCUCUACUCCUUCUGCAUCCAUAUUCAGUACUAAAGAACUUACCCAGUUCAAUGGAUCCAAGGGAUGUGCUUACUUUCAAAAGGGCAAUAUUUAUAUUUCCCGUUGCAGUGCUGAAAUUUCCUGGAUUUGUGAGAAGACAGCUGCUUUGGUAAAGACUGAAGAUUUGAAAUAACUUGUUACUUCCAAAUUCACCAAGAAAUAAGGGACUUGUGAUUAAGACAGUGUAAGGAAGGAGGAAGCUGUAGUACCAGAACAAAAAAAAACAGAUGAAAAGUGACUUUGUAUUUAAACUAUUAAGCAAGUGAAAUUGCUUCAGAGAGCAUUCUUCCCGUCUUCAACUGAUACCUCUUACUCUGAUGCUCGUAUUAUUCAGUCUUAAAAUCACCCCGGGGGCCUGCAGACUAGCCAUUCUACGGCCCUACUAUUCUGUGUCAGAAGCAUUUCACUGAAUUACUUCUCUCUCAUAUAAAAUACUAUUUUCUCUGUGUUUUAUUAUACAUACACAUGUGAC